AUGGACAGAAAAUCAUCAUCAAUGAUGUUCGAUCCAAUCAUCACAACAGACGUCGAUGACUUGGUGGAGGAAGAAGAAAACGAUCAAUUAUUAGCAACAAAAACAUGGAGAGAUGAACUCUUCUUACGUUUUAGACCAAUAGUUAAUGAGGAUACAGCAUUGGAGUAUUUUUGCAAUAGAUCAAACCCUUUCUAUUCGAAAAAGUCUGUCAAUGAAACACUCCGAAUGCAACAAACAGGAGGUAUCAUUGAUAGGAAUGCUCUCCUAGAAUCAACAGAGGGUAUUCGAUAUUCUGUUGACUCUAAACGAUCAAAACCUCCUUCCCUCUUCAUCAUUAAAAAAGAGAAGGUGGAAAAGAAGGAUAGGAAUGCUCCAAAAUUAUUGAAUUUGUACUAUAUAGCUGCGGAAGCUGGUGUUGUUUAUCAGUCACCUUCUGUUUAUGACGUGAUACAAGCAAGAUCUUUUAAUUCUCUUUCUCUGUUGAAUCAAACUUUCAAGGAAAUACAACCUCAUGUUGAAUACACAACAAAUGAUGUGACUGUUCUCUCUAGUCCAUUAGCAAAAAAGGAUGGAAACAAAUCGGAGGAAGAGGAUCGUUUUGUUGUUGCCAACUUACCUCCUUAUUCUGUAGAGAUGCAAAACCAUGUUUCCCGACUUAUCGACCUGUUAGAUAUUGACACAAACACAUUGAUACAAAACAAACAAAACAAGAAUGCCUUCCAAAUUCAACCAUCAAUAGAUCCAAAUUAUCAACAACCUGCCACAAUAAAGGAAGAGCAUUGA